GGCCACUUAUUGUUGCCCAACCUCUUUCAAAAUCUCCUGUGACUAUUAUCACUAUCCCAAAAUUCCAAUCAUUUCUUUACCAUACAUCCUCUUUCAAUUUCACCUAUUUCGCUCAUUGUUCUUUCUUUGGCCAUCUGUAGUAGAUGGCUGCUAAUUAGUCUGAUCUUCUCUGGUGUAUGAGACCGGCCCUUUUUAAGAAAAAAAUGGAUAAGACUUUGGUUUGGGCGUUGGUGGUUUUGGUGGUUAAUUUCAGUGGAUGUUUCACUGAAGGAGUCAACAAUACCACUUUUCCGAAACGACCAGAUGUCGUAUCAAUUGCGUCUAUCUUGACAUUCGAUUCCAUCAUCGGGAAGGUAGCAAAGAUCGCUUUAGAAGCUGCAAUUGAAGAUGUCAAUGCUGAUCCAACUGUUCUUAAUGGAACCGAGCUAAAACUCACCCUUCAUGACUCAAAAUACAGUGGAUUUCUUAGCAUGAUGGCAGCUUUGCAAGUCAUGGAGACAGAUGCCGUGGCCUUAAUCGGCCCACAAAGUUCGGUUUUAGCGCAUGUGAUUUCCCAUGUGGCAAACGAGCUUCAAGUGCCGUUAUUAUCGUUCACAGCCACUGAUCCUACGUUAUCUUCACUCCAAUAUCCGUUUUUCGUCCGAACAACGCACAGUGAUCUUUACCAAAUGGCCGCCAUAGCAGACAUAGUCCGAUACUACGAAUGGCGACAAGUUAUCGCAAUUUACAUAGACGAUGAUCACGGGAGAAACGGAAUAAUUUCGUUAGGAGAUCAAUUAGCCGCUAGAGGAUGUAAGAUUUCCCAUAAAGCGCCUAUUAAACCACUAGCCACGAAAACAGAUAUUAGUAAUGUUUUAGUUCAAGUUGCUUUAAUGGAGUCUAGAGUUCUUGUUGUCCAUACUUAUGCUAAUUGGGGAUUAGAUAUACUCGAAGUGGCUAAAAGUCUUCAAAUGUUGGAUAACGGGUAUGUUUGGCUUGCGACAAAUUGGCUUUCGACGGUUAUCGACAUUAGUUCUCCACUCCCCACUAAUACGGUUGAUGUUAUGCAAGGGUUUAUUACGUUAAAAUCAUACACAAAAGAAUCAAACCGCACAAGAAAGUUUGCGUCUCAGUGGCGAAACUUAACUGCGUUUGGAUUAAGUACUUAUUGUUUAUAUGCAUACGAUACUGUUUAUAUGCUUGCUCAUGCACUUGAUGCUUAUUUUGAUCGUGGUGGAAACAUUUCGUUCUCGAAAGACGUUAAGUUAAAAGGAAUAAAAGGAGAAAUCUUGAAUCUUGAUUCUUUAAGUAUCUUCGAUGGAGGAAAUUUAUUGGUUCAAGACAUCUUAAACGUUAAAAUGAAAGGCUUAACGGGGGAUUUCGCGUUUACGUCUAAUAAAGACCUGGUUUCCCCCACGUUUGAAGUUCUAAAUGUGAUCGGCACAGGUGUUAGGAGAAUCGGGUAUUGGUCAAACGCUUCGGGUUUGUCAACUACUCCUCCGGAAACAGUCAACAUGAAGCCACGUCAGCAAUCAAGUUCUUCUGACGCAUUACUCGCCGUGAUUUGGCCUGGUCAAAUAAUUCAAAAACCGCGUGGAUGGGUUUUCCCGGAGAACGGAAAGCAGUUAAAAAUCGGUGUUCCGAAGAGAGUCAGUUUUCAAGAAUUUGUCGGACAAUCAAGGAACAGUGAUGCGUUUAAGGGAUACUGUAUCGAUGUUUUUACGGCUGCCGUAAACUUACUUCCGUAUGCCGUUCCUUAUAAGUUUCAAUCGUACGGAGACGGUGUCAAGAACCCUAGCAACACCAUGCUUGUGAGCUUGAUAAACACUGGAGUUUAUGAUGCUGCAGUGGGAGAUAUUGCUAUAACUACUAAUCGGACACGAUUAGCAGAUUUUUCGCAACCGUUUAUUGAAUCUGGGCUGGUUGUAGUGGCACCGGUUCGGAGGUCAACCUCUAGUACGUGGGCUUUUCUUAGACCGUUUUCUCCUUUAAUGUGGUGUGUUUCGGGAAUCUUUUUCAUAGUUGUGGGAGCUGUUGUUUGGAUUCUAGAACAUCGUAUAAACGAUGAGUUCCGUGGUCCUCCCAAAAAACAGCUUGUUACGGUUCUAUGGUUUAGCUUUUCAACUUUGUUUUCCUCCCACAGAGAGAACACGCUGAGCACUCUCGGUCGUAUGGUUUUAAUCUUAUGGUUAUUUGUGGUUCUGAUAAUAAACUCAAGCUACACUGCUAGUUUGACCUCAAUCUUGACCGUUCAAAAACUUUAUUCGCCUAUUAAAGGAAUCGAUAGUUUAAUGGCAAGCAAGGAUCCCAUUGGGUACCAAGAAAAUUCAUUUGUCCGUAAUUAUCUUAUAGCCGAAUACGGCAUUCAUGAAUCUCGGUUAAUUCCGCUUUCAUUGCCCGAAGACUUCGACAAAGCGUUGAGAGACGGUCCCAAAAACGGCGGUGUUGCUGCCGUUGUCGAUGAACGUGCGUAUGUCGAACUCUUUCUUUCAACCCGUUGUGAUUUCAGCAUUGUCGGUCAAGAGUUUACCAAAAAUGGAUGGGGAUUUGCCUUUCCACGGGACUCUCCGUUAGCAGCCGAUAUGUCAACGGCUAUUUUAAAACUAUCGGAAAGCGGUGAGCUACAAAGGAUACAUGACAAAUGGUUGAUGAGAAGCGCGUGCAGCUCCCAAGGAACGAAAUUCGAAGUAGACCAACUUGAAUUAACAAGCUUUCGAGGCCUAUUCAUAAUAUGCGGAUUAGUUUGUUUUCUUGCUCUUAUCAUAUACAUUGGAUUAAUUAUAAGGCAAUUUUACAAACAUUAUCCGAUGCUUUCUGAGUCGAGCGGGAGAAGUGUUCGGUCGGGACCUCUUCAGACGUUCGUUUCAUUCGUUGAUGAAAAAGAAGAGACGAUAAAAGCCCGUUCAAAGAGAAAAUAUUCAGAAGGAAGUUCAUACCGGACAGAUGUAGAUAAUGCGUCAAUUCAGAACUAUAAAUGCAGCAGACUUGACACAACCACUUCUAAGAUCUUCUAAAGUCUGCAGAAGGUUAAACACCACCACCCACCACCACUACCCGCCACCACCACCACCACCAUCCGUACACCACCAGUUUAGUGUUGUAUUGUUUUGUUGUUGUAUCUGGUAUAACAAAGGAUUCUCGAGGUUACUAGAUUUAUUUGACAAACUUGGCUAGCUAAGAACUAAAGCUGAUAGAUGAAUAUAUCAAAUACUUCCUAAAAUUCAACUACACCACUAUACAAAGCCUCUACAGUUGUA